AUGGACGACUACACGAGGGAGAUGAUGGACCUCAAGACUCUGGUCACUCGCACCCUUGAGAAGAAGGGCGUUCUGGCCAAGAUCCGGGCUGAGUUGAGAGCAAGUGUGUUUGAGGCAAUUGAAGAGGAGGACAAGGUCAUCGAGAAAGAAGAAGGCUUGCCUCCGGCAUUGCUUGGUAGCUGCAACGAUCGUGCUAAACAGCUCCAUGCUUCCCCUUCAGGAAGGUUGCUUACAGCACUAGUAUGCGAAUACUUAGACUGGGCGCAACUAAACCAUACGCUAAAAGUUUAUCAGCCUGAGUGUAAUUUGCAAAAGGAUUCUUGGAAAGCUGAGUUGAAGGACUUUAGUAGCAAGAAUGGAUAUGAUCUUAACCGAAAUGGGGAUAGUGGUCCUUUGCUUUUGGACGUGCUUGAAGGAUUUUUGAAAUUUGAGAAUUUAUCUCAAGCAAGGGGUACUGGAAGGAGGCUAGCUACUUCAGAAACAGAGUCCUUAUCCAAUUUAGACUCUCGCAACAUGCGAAGACCUUCUUCAUCAUCUGUUGCUGGAGGGCUGCCUCCACUAGGAAGGCCUGGUGCAUCUUCCCAGUCAUCUGAUCGAAGAGGUGGGUCGUCCAUGUCUAGCUACAGGAAAGAUGACUACAAUUGGAGAUAUGAUAGUGAUGAAAGUCCAGAGGAUGUCAUUCGAGCUUCGAGUGCCAUGGAAAACCUUCAAUUGGAUAGAAAAGCUCGCAAUCUAACCACAUCGUGGCGGCAUGCAGGCGAUGGAAUUAGUGAGGAUGAGGGCAGGUCUGAUCAGAUGUAG